UCAGUCGGGGAGCCGCGGGCGGGCGGGCGGAGGGCCGGCCGGACAGACGGCCGCGGGGAGCCGGCGGAGAGAGGCAGCGGCCGGCCCCAUGGAGCUGCUGUGCCCCGGCCCCGCGGCGCCCUCGGGCUGGGCGCUGCCGCUGCUGCUCGCCCUGGGCGCCGGGCUCAGCAGAGCCACCCCGCACCUGCGCUACUCGCGGCCGGGCUCCCGCAGCAAGAACUGGUGCGCCUACAUCGUGAACAGGAACGUCAGCUGCUCGGUGCUGGACGGGACGGAGAGCUACGUCCAGGCCCAGUACAAGUGCGCCUGGAACGAGUUUCCCUGCCGGCCGACCCCCGUAUACCGAACGAGUUUCAGACCUCGGUACACAGUUGCAUACAAGACAGUAACAGAGCUAGAAUGGAGAUGUUGUCCUGGAUACAAAGGUGAAGACUGCAGAGAAGGGCCAGCAGAACAGCCAAAGGCAGCUCGGCGUCCCGCAGCACCGGUGAAAGCUGUUGUGAAGAAAGGCUUGGAUGCAGAACCAACAGAAGCGCCAGAACCUCCGCCAUAUGAGAAGAAAAUGCAGUUUCUUGAGGAAGAAUUGUUUAGACUUACACGAUCAGUGCUUGAACUUCAGUCCUCCUUGGCAGGUGUGAAUGAAAACCUAAAGCUGACUGUCCAAGAAGAUGCAAGUAAGAUGUUGGUCACUUGGCUGAACAACCUUUAUGACCGCCCAGAGCCUGACAGUGCAGUCGGUGGUGAAACAGACACUAUCCAUCUGCCUGGACUCCUCAGCAAUAAAGAUCAGAAAGACCCUUUUCUUGAUUUUGAAAUGGAAGAUAUAAAGUCUGAGCUAGCCGAGGUCAAAGAAGCAUUGAAGAUCAGGAAUGACCAACUGGAGGAACUGAAUGGAAAAGUAAAAGGCUAUGAAGGACAACUAAAACAACUGCAGGAGGCAGCACAGGGACCUACAUUAACAAUGCCUAGUGGCAAUGUGUAUCAGGAAUACAUAGACUCAAAAUUUGAGUCCCUCAGACAGGAAAUACUGGAAGGAUUUGAAAAGAAAAUGGCAGAUCUGAAGAACUCUUGUGAAUACAAACUGCAGGAUAUCCAGCAGCAGUGUGAUGACAAUGACAAUAACUGUUUGGGUAUAAUUGAUGUUAUAAGAGGAAAAGAGAAUGAUUUGAGGAAAGAAAUAAAUACUCUCCGAACUCAGAUUCCAUCAAACCAGUCCAGUUGUUGCAAGGAGGGUGAGAGAAAUGACUUUGACCAGCAGAUAAAAGAUUUAGACAAGAAGCUUGACAGAGUUGUGGAAGCACACAGGAUCCUGAAUGUCAGAAUAGACAAUGAAAUCACUCGGUUGUCAACUCCGGAUUUGGAAGACAUGUUUGGUGAGAGGCUGGAGGAGCUAGAUGCAAGGAUGAACAUUACUGAACGAAAUGCUGAAGAACAUUGCUUUUACGUCGAGGAAACUCUCCGAGGUGCUAUAGCUGCUGAGGUAGAUGAGCUGAGAGACUUGUUUGACCAAAAGCUCCGGUCACUAGAGGAUAGGCUAGGUGGCACUAUUUUAGAGAUUGCUAAUACCACAGACCCGGAUGGAAUGUUUAUUAAUCCUGGGCCUAUUAUGCCUAGUGACACUGGAUUUGCAAACGAGCAGUUUACAACGGAGAUAAAUCUUGUCAAGAACAAAUUGCUGUCCCUCGAACACCUCUGUGGCCAGAAAUGUCUGUCAGCACCACAAGGGACAGAGGACCUUCAGAAAGAGCUAGAAAAUUGUAAUAACAAAUACAAUCACUUGCUUUUGAAAACAGAGAACAACUCUGUUCUUCUGCAGUCUUUAAAUAGCUCUCUUAAUGAGAAACUUAACUUAAUUAAGGAUAACCAACGUGACAACCAGAAAAUGCAGAGAGAUUUGCGUGUAUUCCGGUAUAGUCUAAAUGUCAUGGAUAAAGAUAUGAAAAAUCUGCAAGAUGGCUUGAAUAGUUGCAGGGAGCAACUUCUGGGUGUCAAUUCUACCUGUAGAAAAACACAACGAGGCGUCUACCGAAAAAUUGAUCAAAUGCAGAGGACAUUUGCAAAUCAAACCAUUCAUCCUAGUGAUAACUGCUGUAGUGAAGUGAAAGAGAGACUAGAACAAUUAAACCACCAUGUCCUGAAUGAUCUCAACAAGUGUAAAGAAAAAACCCAAGGUGUCCAGGAUGGUGUUUCAGAUGUUGAGAGCCGAGUCGCGAAUGUUGAAAAAGUUUGCGGCAAGCUGGACUCUGUCUCGGGUAGCUUGCAGAAGAUAAAAGAAGGUCUGAAUAAGCACGUGAGCAGCUUGUGGAACUGCAUACGUGAAAUGAAUGGAACUAUAUCAUCUCAUUCCAAAGAUAUUUCUGGCCUCAAAAAUUCUGUCCAGCAGUUUUAUAGUCAAGUCUCUAAAAUCACCACAGACAUGGAAGGCAUGCUGAAAUCUCAGUCUGACACAAGGCGACCAGAAGCACCGCGGCAGGCGGUGCCACCGAGACCGCCGCUGCAACCCCAGCCGGGCAUAUCCCUGCUGCCGUCCCGGCCGAGGAUACAACCCCCGCGGCACAGGCCUCCCCUCCAGCCUCCUCUGCCCAGACCUCCUCCACGGCCAGCUCUGCCAGGAUCAGGAGUCGCCCCAUUCCUGCCUGGAACAACCGGGAUCAUCCUGGAGGCUGGAGAGGCAGGGCCGCCAGGCACCGUCUUGAUGUCGGGCAGAGGGCGGCUGCGAAGCGUCGACGGCCAGGCCGGGCAAAGCACCAUGCCCAUUGCUGAAGGCUACGCUGGAGCACCAGGGUAUCCGAAGUUAUCUCCUCCAACGACGGACUCACAGGGACCUGCUGCCGCCGCGGCCUCGCUGGUGUCCUUCUCUGCUGGGCUCACACAGAAGCCUUUCUCCAGCGACGUCGGCGUGGUUCACUUCAACAAAGUGCUGGUGAAUGACGGGGACUAUUACAACCCCAACACAGGCAUCUUCACGUCACCGUACGAGGGGCGCUACCUGAUCACCGCCGUGCUGGCGCCGGAGCGCGAUGAGUACGUCGAGGCAGUGCUGUCCGUCUCCAAUGCCAGCGUUGCUCAGCUCCACACGGCCGGGUACAGGAGGGAACUGCUGGAGUAUCACAAACCCUACUCGGGGAAACGGACCUGUGGUGGUCCUGGGACGUUCCACCUCGUUCUUCACCUCAAAGCGGGAGAUGAAGUCAACGUCGUCGUGACAGGAGGCAAACUGGCCUACACGGACUCCGAUGAAAUGUAUUCCACGUUUAGUGGGGUUCUGCUUUAUCCUUCCAUUUCCCAUGUUUAGGUCCAUCGUGGAACAGGAGAGAAGGGUAAGAUAUUCCGAAGAAAUUAAGUGUAAUAAAAUUCAAAGCUUUAAUAUAUUCAGUUUAUAUAUUUGAUUUCAGUGAUGGGUUUAUUGUCUGUAUUGAAACCUUGUCCCCAGUUUUCAGAGACAGCUACGAAAGACCUGUUUCUGUAGCUAAAGUAACUCCUUCCCCAAGUCCUAGUUUACCUGUACAAACACGACAGCUGUUAAACAACAAAUACAUUCUCAGUAAAUACUUCUCCACUGUGCUCUUGCUACUCCCUAUUAAAUAGCCUUUGCAGUCUGCUCCCCAGUUUAUCUCUGCCAGCGUCCGUGGUGUAUCAAAGUUUACAUCUUUGCUGCAGUUUCCAGUUGCAGCCAGCUUCCAUCAUGCAGUAAAGCAGGAGCAAGAAAGUGAGACCACGUUGGACACUGUUGAUGACUUAGUCCUUGCUUUAUUAAAAUAAUGCGGUGAGCCAAGUGCAUUCACGUAAUUUGUUCAAAGCAAGUGCUAACCAUGGUGGUGCAAAGCAAAAUGAUGUUAGUCUGCAUCCGUUUUCUCUUUCCCCUAAGGGCCAAACCCAGUGCUAAGAGACGAGUGACUCUCAGCCCAGUCAAGUGGCAGCAGCAGUGCAAGGAGAACUUUGUCUUUCAACGGGCAAGCGUGAGUGUAAGGCACAGUUGCUGCUACUGAAGGAUUUAAACAGUAAUUUCCAACUGGUGCAGUAAAAAAGACAACCAGUGAAGCGUGAUGCUCUUGGGAUUCAGGCUUAGAGCUUGAAAACAACGAGCCAGGUCAGAGAAAUCUGAAUCACCUGUUCUUAGCUAGAACAAUGAUCAUUUUGAAAAGCUUUUGAAAAAUUUUACAGUGCUGGUGUCUGGAAUACCUACAGUAUUUGCAUUAGAGAAGUAGUUCUCUUCUUUGUUGCAUUGUAAAAGAUAAACCAGAGGAAAAAAUGGCUAAAAAAGCCAAUUUAGGAAAAUAGUCUUUUUAGCCAAUGCUGUCAAAUGUACAAACCAAGCACCUGCACUGAGUCUUUGUUUUAGCGGCCUCCUGCAUCAGCACUUUUCAGUGGGGUUUUAACACCCAACAUCUGUCUCUAUGGAUGGAACAACUUGCUUAGUAGCUUAAACACAUUUGGUGCAACGUUUUAUUUCUUGUACUCGCCACUUCUCAAUUGAAGUGACAAAAAUAAUGUUCUGGCUCGUUGGAGUUAACAUUUUGAGCUCUUUCAUGGGUGGAAAAAGAAUCUAACCAUACUUUAGUAAGAGCAAGACUUUUCCACUGUCAUCUGUAUCUCACAUAAACUGGUCAUCUUUCUCAUAGUCUAUUCCUCACACAUAGAGUUGUAUUUAUCAUAGCGGGUUGUGUAGUGUAUUUUCCUUCUUACGAAUCCAGAACAGCUGUUACAGCCUCAGAACAAAUAAAUCCUUUAGGUGAGGGAAGAACUCCCCGUGCUGGAAGCAGCCCCGUAUGCUCAGCUGAAGCCUUUCCCCAUCCGAGGAGGUCAAAUGCAGACUUCACGCCUUCUUUGCCGCAUAGUUUUGGAAUUGAUACUCCCUAAUAACCCUGUUUCCAGGCGAUGAGAGGGGGCCUUCCCACAACAAACCAUCGCAUCCUGGAAGCUGAGCUGCCUCGGAGAAAAGCAGACAGAAAAAGCUCCCUGGCCCCAGAGGAGCUCUGCAUCAGGCCCUCUGCAGCUAGGGUUGUGCCGGGCGGGGGUGGUGGGGCGAGCACAGGAAGGAAAUUGCGAGCGGAUUUUUUUAAAGCACGUGGCUUAGGAAGAGCUCCUGGCACCUGGUUUUUAGAAAUUGGGGUGUUGCUGAUAAGCAACAGCCAGGGCUGGAUGUGUUGUGGAGCAGGAAGGCUGCUUGUGUAGGAGCAGCUGCUUAAGGGACGCGGUGAACUUGCAGAGCCCGGUGAAGGGAGCCACCCCCCUCAUUUCCCUGCACAUUUGACUUGAUCUGGGCUGGACCACCCCUCGUUCAAGAAGAGCUCGGUUUUCUUUUGUCCCAAAGCAACAGCCCACUGCUCUCCCAUGCCUUUCUACAUCUCAGAGAUGAAGGGACAGACAGGAAAGACUUUUUCUUUUGAAAGCCAACUACAUCAACCAUAUAUAUAUGUAUAUAUAUAUAUAUUAACCAAGUUCUUGUUAUGUACGAAAGCCAUAGAGGCUCUUUUCCUUUUAGGAUAUUUUUCACUCACAAGAAAGCUGUGUUCUCUAAGAAGUUGGCUCCAGACUGUGUGUGACUCAAGUAUUGUUACAUUAUUGUUGCCUGUGCUAAAAAUGACUCAUGGAAACAAACAAAGUGAGCCUAGAGCUUAGGGAGACCUCGCUGGCAACCACCACCUCCUUUUUCUCCACCCCCCUACCUCCAAGUGAGACAUUUUUAAGAAUCAGCAGUGAAAGUUUAGGGCUAGAGGUACAAACAUUUCAUUACCUAAUUCUUACCUGACUGAUCUGGUAAAUUUCUAAGCCCAGCCCACACAUCCUCAGGAGCCCAGUUGUACUGUCGGACGGGGCUCUCUUCUGACAGAAAGCUUCUCCCCGUGCCCAGGAUCUGCUGCUGACGGUGCUGGGAUUGUUUGAUCCCACAUAAUGCAACCUAACCAGGAUUUAUACCCGGUUGUAAAGCACUCUCUAACCUAUGUCACAGCAGGACUGAGUCUGAGGCAUAUUUUGAGAACACCUUUUAGAGCUAGCUCCCCAUCCACCAUCUGUAGCAGCACAGUGGCUGAAGCUAUCAACUUUGGUGAGGAACUCACCAAAGCCUUGCUUUAGUGAUCGCUGUAAUCAGGGUAAGUGGCUCAUUUUCUCUUAAUGAAGUUACCCUAGUGGAGCCUUCAAGGUGGACUAUUCACCCUGCUGGGCAGACUGCGGUGCUGCAGUCCCUGAACAGCACAGGGAGGAGGGAUCAGGGUCUCAAUCACCGCCUCAGUCAGUGCUUGGGUAAAACAUUCCUUAAAUUUAGCAGCAGCUGGCAGAGACUCAGGCACAGAUGAAUUCAUGGGCCUACUGAGGAUUUGUUCUGUACGAAACAGCUCAGCUUCAAAGGAAAGGGUGAGAGCAGUGCUCAGAAUACCCCAAACCCGCUGACAGGCAUUCACAUCUUCAGUGGCAAUCAGCAACCGCCCAAGGAAAUAACCUGCACUGAAAGAACCUUUUCACACUCUUGGUUCAUUCAGCAACCACAUAGAAAAGCGUUCCCCACCUCAAACAGGAAGCAUCUGGAAAUAAGAAUGCCUUAAAAAACAGCAUGCAGUAGGUUGAAGCUGUAAGGCGGGUACACUGCAUGUUUUACAAACCAGUGGUGCCAGCCAGAGACACACUGCCCUGGCCUGGUGCAAACAGCGCAUCCUAGAGCAGAUGGGAAAGGCAGCAGAGAGCCAUAAAAAUCAAUAAUAUCAGAGGAAACCACAGGAAAGCCUGGAGCAAAGUGAGAAUGCAAAUUUCCAUCGCAACACGUGUGAAACUACCUCAUUAUUUUCAUUUGCUAUUUAGACUUCGGAGACGGUGGAGAUGUCACUAUGCUGAGCACUUAAAGCAGUGGCUGUGUGCCACAGAUGUCCCCACCAACCUCCACCACGUCGCCUCUCAAUGUACGCCAGGUUACUUGCAGCAACUUUGUGCAAUUCAGCAGCCAGAGGAUGUAGUUAACUUGGUGGAGACAGCCAGCCACUCCAGGAGUAUUACGAACAAAGAAGUGCACCUGUAAGAGAAAGGCAUGGGAAGGCAACUUGGCCCAAAGCGUAAGUGAGCAUCCUGUAUAGCUUUAAAAGGCUCAAUUGUGCUGGGAAUGCAAGGUAAAGGGCUCCUUAACCAGAAGCAGAUUAGCCUCAGGAGUGCAGUGGUUCCAAGGCUGCAUCCUGCAUUUGGAAGCAAGUUACAGCUGCAGUCAGUCAGUCCUUACGGUGUGGCACAGUGGUGGAUACAAAUGGGCCACCAAAACCACAAAUGCUCUCACGCAGCAUCAGCUUGGCGAUGCGAGGGAUAUUUGCUUCACUGAGACACGCGCUGCAGGCACACUUUGGCUCCCAGUUGCUCCCAGAGAAAGGCGCAGAGUUCCAGUUGUCGAGCUGCCAGGAACACCUGGGGCCGCGUCCUGUCAUCACACAGCAGACCUGCACGCACCGAACCUCCUGCAAGGCACCCUGCAGACUUCAGGCAUGAUGCAGAACUGCUCUGCCAAUGCUUUGUACGUGGAGACUUCAAAGAGCAUCUUAUAACGUGUUCAUACGUAAGCAGGUCUUGCCAUUUAUCCAUUUUGCUAUCUUGAUUGUAAAAAAAAGUUACUGAUUUUUCAAAGAAGUGCAUUUGAGCAUAUGCUUUGUGUGCGCGUAUACGCGGGUGUACAGGGUCUGAUACCUGAGAGCAUGGAGAAAACUGUUUGAUGGAAGGAAGCCAGCUGCUGACAUGUCCAAAUAAAGCCUGCCUGUUUUGUGA